AGAGUGGCAUUCCAUUUGGAAUUUCCAUCCAGUAUUUUAUGUUGAUGAUUAUGAUUUAAUUUCUCCAUAAUGAGUAGUGAAUAUUUGGUGGGAAAGUUAACUUUUCCAAGACGAUGAUGUUUGUGAGUCAAAUCAACACAGCAUUGGAUGCACACGCUACAAAAUAAGACACAGAGGCUGUGCCUCAAAGUUGGUUGGAUUAGAUAUGAUAUGAUGAUUUUUUCUAGAACAGAGGCAGUUUCUCAAACUCGUUGCCUCCGAACUUUCACUUUCUCUGAAUUUUAGCUCAAAAAGUUCGCAAAAAAGUUCCCUACCUCUGUUGGGUCUGUUUCAAAUCUGCAAUUUUCAUACGUGUGGAGCCAUAAGCUUGCUGUGUAAUUGUUGCUCUGCUGUAGUUGAUUUGAUGCUGGAACUAAGUUUUUGUUGGUGAAUCUAAUCAUUGAAUAAUUCUGCUGGGAGCAUUCAUCUCAAAGACUGGAACAUUUGGAUCUUGAAUUGAAGGUGUUACUAAUAGGAGCAUGGCUCAGAGUCUGAAAGGUAUAAAAGGUGGAGGAGGAUCCAUCAAGCUAGGCACCACUGGAACAAUAAGUUCCUUAAUGACAAGGGAAUUGGAUCACAUCUCUUCUGCAUCAAAGAAGCAGGUAUCUUCAGCAAGAAGUAAAACUCAAACACUUCCUGUUUCUGUUCCCUGUGGUAGUACAACCCAAAAAAGACUACAACAAAGAAAAUCAUCAGUUGAAGCCGGUAGCAGUGGAAGCAGUAAAAUUACAAACCGUAGAGGACCUGGCAAUGUCAUGCCCCAGAAAACAAAAACUAAUGGCAGAAAUACACAGAGAAUACCCAUGCUAGGUUCUGAUAAAUGUUCAGUGGUCAGAACUUCAGUGAGGGAGAAAAAUGAUAAAAAGAUACCUAACAUUGUUGAAAUUGUGGACAUAAAAUGUGGGAAUGCAGAAAAGGCUUGGGCUACACCUUUGGCAAGUCGUCUUAAGAAGCUCGGUUUUUCGAAGCUAUCCGAGAGCAUUAUCUAGACCUGAAAUUUUUUUGUGUCAGACUUCAGGUUCCUGUAACUGAAGGCUGAGGUCCCAUUUGGCCUACCACUGUCUGAUACAUCCACCAUAGAACACAUACUUGGUAAAAGCUUGCUACUUCCUCGCUUUUUCUUUGUACUUUCUUCUACUUUAGAUACAAUUGUGGUUGUAGAACUUGUACUAAUGGAUGAACUCACCUCUGUGAUUUGGGACUUGUUCCUUUGUGAAUUGGAACCAAUUCUGCUGAAGUACUCAAUUUCUUGCAUUAUGAGUGAUGCAACUGUGCCUCUGGUUCCUAUUUCUACUGGGGGAAAUUCAGCCUUAUCUUUUGUGUCAUUUGAGUCAAGGGUAGUGGAUUUAUGCAUGCUCUUGUUGGUUGGUGUUGGGGAGAAAGCAAAAUCUUUUGAUUUAAGGGUGGUUUGUGGGUUUGUUCUAGAGGGGAAACUGCAGAGACUUUGAGGCAUUUCUUUUGUUACAGGAGAUUUGGUUUCACAAGAAUGCUUCACCUUAUGUUCUA